AUGUCGCAGACCGAAAUGCAACACACCGACUCGCUGAGCAGCAACGACAACGGUGCCGAAGACACCAAGAAGACGAAGAGCAAGAGACCCGCCAACACCGCCUUCCGCCAGCAGCGUCUCAAGGCCUGGCAACCCAUCCUCACCCCCAAGACCGUCCUCCCCCUCUUCUUCGCCGUCGGCGUUAUAUUCGCGCCAAUCGGCGGCCUGUUGAUAUGGGCGAGCGCUGAGGUCGAGGAAAUCUCCAUCGAUUACACAGACUGCCUGAACAAGUCGCCCGUCGACUCGUCCAAUUCCACUUUCCCGCCGUCCGCCCGUACCUUUGAAGAUGUUCCGACGGACCGCGUGUCGAGCUAUUUUAAGGCCAGCAACCCGAGCGCGCUGGCUCCGUCGUGGGCGCACAGCUUCCAAAACGUUACCUUUGAUACGAACCAGGAGGAACCGUACAAUGCGACCAUUUGCUCCAUCCAGUUCGAAAUCGAGAAUGAGAUCGGCCCGCCCGUCCUCCUGUACUACCGCCUCACCAACUUCUACCAGAACCACCGUCGCUACGUGAAGUCCGAGGACCCCUCGCAGCUCCAGGGCACGUUCCGCAGCAACUCUUCGAUCUCCGGCAGCGACUGUGAUCCGCUGAAACUGGACAGCAAUGGAAAGGCGUACUACCCGUGCGGCCUGAUUGCGAACUCGGUCUUCAACGAUACCUUCUCGCAGCUGACUCGGCUUAACCCGGCGAGUGGACAGAGCGACUACUACAACAUGACGAAGAAGGGCAUUGCUUGGGACAGUGACAAGGAUCUCUUCAAAAAGACGGCCUACACCAACGAUCAGGUCUCGCCGCCGCCCAACUGGAAGACUCGUUAUCCGCUAGGCUACACGGAGGAGAACCCUAUUCCCGAUAUUUCCCAGGACGAGGGAUUCAUGGUCUGGAUGCGGACGGCCGGGCUUCCCACCUUCAGCAAGUUGGCUAUGAGGAACGACAACGAGACCAUGACUGUGGCUAGGUACCAGAUCGAUAUUCAAGACAACUUCAAUGUCACGGCAUACGGCGGCACCAAGUCGAUCCUUAUCUCAACCCGCACCGUCAUGGGCGGUAAGAAUCCUUUCCUGGGCAUUGCUUAUGUCGUGGUUGGUGGCAUUUGCAUCGUCCUUGGAACUCUCUUUACGGCUACGCACCUGAUCAAGCCGAGGAAACUUGGUGAUCACACGUACCUCACCUGGAAUAACGAAGGACCCAACACGGCAACCGCGACCGGCCGAAGCAUGAGACCCGGUGAAGCUUGA